AUGAGCACAAACGGUACACCACGGCGGGCAACUGAGAUCGGUGUAAAGCGAAGUCGAAAGGCGACUGAACCUCAGCAUCUUUCUUCUUUUUGCAUAACAUCUCCCGAAGAGCCGAUGAAUCCGUCAUCAGCAGGAAACCCUUUGUCUACCGCUGAUCCUCAGGGAACAGGUGAUCAGACAGUGAACAUCCUGAACUUGGCAGGGGCUAUUGCCAUGAAUAGUCUUUUGGCUCUGAAUCAGCAAUCUUCUGUGGGGACGCUGCCCACUGCUACCCAGCUGGCUGCGCAAAAUCCUCUUCUCGCCAAUGCAGCAAAAAUGAUGUUGAGCAUGAAUCUGAUGAAUGCUGCUGCUGCGGGUGCCUCCGAUAGACUCCCGGUCGCGAGUCCGACAGCCGACCUACUCUCGCUGAUCAGCUCUCAGCCGGAGGCUGCAGCGCAGUCCGUUGCAAAUCUGCAACAGGCAAUGCUUAUCCAGCAAUACGCGGCUCUUGCUAGGAGCCAGAUACCAGCUGUAAAUCCGCAGCUGGCUGCUUUGCAGAUGCUGAAGCAGCGAACGAACGAAAAUGGAAGUGGCCAGUCAAGUGAUCGAAAGCGUUCGUUCCCGUCCACAGAUGUUUCCGGCCAGGCAGAAGAAAUGAGGAAGCGCGUCUUUUCUGACACCAAGGUACUCGCCGCCAAACGCAAGUCUGAGAGCAUCUCUGUCUCUCAUGUACCGUUUUCCAAAGACGAUAUCGAACGGUGUUUGGAAAGGAUUCUGAAAGAGGAGAUCUACAACAUCUAUGAAAGUGACUCUAAGCCGGAUUCAAAAGGCGAUUCGAUUAAGUCGUCGUUAUCAGAUGCUGACAGCAAGGAAACUGGCUGUAGCAGUAGUGGCACCUCUUCACCGAUUGGGCGUAAGCUUUCUAUCGAUGAAAUUUUGGACAUCAUUGCCACGCGACCGCAAAGCAAAGGGGAAGGUGGAAUUGCUUCAGUGGGGUCUGCAUUCCGAAAAGUCAGCAGUCGUUCGCACCUCUGCACAGAACCUUCAGUCCGGGAAGUUGUCUCAGAGACGCUUGCUUGGGCUACGUCAUUGUCACCAGCCUGCAGUUCUCCUCGGAUUUCCGAACCGGAUGUCGCCCCUCUUUCUCAGGAGCUUGUCAAUCAGUUACGUGAGCUGGCUCUUUCUCAUCGUGACCCCGACGAGGACCACUCUUUGGAAAGUAUCUUUACAACCGAAGAUAACAACUCCUCUCCUCCAAAUUAUUUUUUUCAGCGAUUCCCUGUAGUAUGGCAAGGAACGUUAGCGAUGAAACAGUCGGAAACGACUGUGCAGAUGCAUCUUGUCUACGGUUCAAUGGAAAUGCUGACGCGAUGUCUCGGGGAUGUCGAUUCCGAUCCCAAAAAUGCCGUGCCGAUCCGAGUGAACCAACGAAUGCGUCUUGAACAUGCACAAGUCCAAGGUCGGUUGCCAAACACCUGUGUUCAUCUUGCUUUUGACAUUUUCAAUCGAAUCGGUCUCUCUCUUAUUCUAUCAAGCUAUUGA